UGUUUCUGCUGUUUCACCCUAACUGCUGUUCCAGGACUUUCCAGCAUUCGCUGAGAGAUCAAGAUGCAGAUCUUCGUGAAGACCCUGACAGGCAAGACCAUCACCCUGGAGGUCGAGCCCAGCGACACCAUCGAGAAUGUCAAGGCCAAGAUCCAGGAUAAGGAAGGCAUCCCUCCCGACCAGCAGAGGCUGAUCUUUGCAGGCAAGCAGCUGGAAGAUGGCCGCACCCUGUCUGACUACAACAUCCAGAAGGAGUCCACCCUGCACCUGGUCCUCCGUCAUAGGGGUGGCUAUUCAUUCAUCUCAUUGCCUAGUAAUGGCAUUACUCGACCAUAGCAUUUGCCCACCCCCAAUUUAAGUUUAGAAGUUACCAGCUUCAAUAAUAGCUGAAUCUGUUCAAAAUACUAACAAAGGUUUUGUUGCAUGAUAAAAAAAAAAAGAAUU